UUGACUUAAGAGGGGAACGCGACAACGUUUAUAGAAGAAUCAAACAUUUUCCAGUAAAAGCAGUGUGAGACGUUUAAAGCUUUGGAAGACUUUUCUUCCAAAGCGUUUCUGUGUUCGAGUAGGCUAAACGCAACAGGUGUGGUCUAAUAACGUUUUAGCGAGGUGGAGAAAGACACUGAUUGAUUGAAAAUGAAUGAGACUGAUCGUACAUCACUGUCUGAAUAUGGAUUCGAGCAACAAUUUGAUGAGAGACUUGCUAUCGAAUGGAUGCAAGAGAACUGGAGCAAGUCAUUUGUGUUUUGUGGCCUGUAUGCAGCGCUGGUCUUUGGGGGCCAACAUUUUAUGAAGGAGCGGCAAAAACUAAACCUGCGUAGGCCACUGGUGGUGUGGUCACUCAGUCUAGCCAUCUUCAGUAUCAUUGGAGCUGUUCGCACAGGAUGGUACAUGAUGCACAUACUCUCCACAACUGGCUUCCGACAGUCUAUAUGUGACCAGAGUUUCUACUAUGCACCAGUCAGCAAGUUCUGGGCAUGUGCCUUUGUCCUGAGCAAAGCCCCUGAACUAGGUGACACGGCCUUCAUUGUGUUACGUAAGCAGCGCCUCAUCUUCCUCCAUUGGUACCACCACAUCACCGUGCUGCUCUAUUCCUGGUACUCCUACAAGGACAUGGUGGCCGGCGGCGGCUGGUUCAUGACCAUGAACUACUCAGUGCACGCCCUCAUGUACUCCUACUACGCUGUUAGGGCGGCCGGCCUGCGUGUGCCCCGCCCCUUCGCCGUGGUCAUCACCACCAUGCAGAUCGCACAGAUGGUCAUGGGGCUGACUGUCAGUGGGCUGGUGUACUGCUGGAUGCAGGAGGGUGACUGUUACUCCCGAGUUGACAACAUUGCGUGGGCCUCGCUCAUGUACCUCAGCUACCUGGUGCUCUUCUCCUCCUUCUUCUACCAGACCUACCUGCGAGGCUCUGGAGGAGCCAAGGUCGCCAAGACCGACUAGGCUCUCCUCACUUUGGUUCAUCUACGUUCAGUACCUGUUGCCCACAUCACCCCCAAGCUUAAUAUUGUUGUACACUUUUGGUAAGACAUUUGUUUUUACGGUCAAUUUCAGAAAUUGUCACAACUGAGGUGUGAAUCUGUUCAGACUUUUCACCUGGAUAUUGCAUCAGUUCUUUUCUCCCCGUCAAGGUUAGUGUGUGUGCGUCACAGCAGGCGCCCAUUGAUGGCACCCAGUUUCUAAGCAGACAGGUAUGACAGGUUUCUCUCUUGCAUUUCUAUCUCGAUGCUGUUGCUCUGAACUUGUGAACGGAGGGUGGAUGAUCUGUGCUGUGCCGUUUUUGCCCCAGCCCCAAAUAGUUAGCAUUUUUCUGGCAUUACCUCAGGUGAAGGCUUGCAGAACAAGCUUGUCUCCUUGCGUGUAUUUGUUGUGGGUGUGGAACUCAUGGGCGUCUCAUAGAUGAGCCCAAACUCCCUUCCUUGAAGUAUAGCUUUGAUGCCAUCCAGAAUUUAAUUUGAAAGGAGCUUAUCAAAUGAUAUUGCUCUAUUUAAGUAGGUUUUAUUUAUAGACUAUUUAUUCACCUGAACUUAUGAUGCUAACUGGACUGGUGCUGAAACGUUCAAUGGUCUCACUCCACAAGUCUAGUAUUGUCAGUUUUUACACACAGAAUUGUUGUAUAGUUGUACGUGUGAGAUGCAACAUAGUAUGUUAAUUGUUAUGCAUUCAAAUGGCUGGCGCCUUUCUAUUGGUUUAGUAAGACUGUUGAUGUCAGGUAUUCUGUCCAUCUACCUCAUUCUCACAGUAAUUAGUUUUUUUAAUUGACUUUAACCCUUAACAUUCCAUUUAUAAAGCAGUAUGAGCCAAAUGUUCAACUCUCAAAGACUACAUUUCAUAGAUCUUUUAUUGUAGCUUGUCUUCAUGCUGGCCAAGUUUUUGUUUCCGCAGUCUUAUUUAUUUUAUUUAUUGAAUUACCUAGAUUUUAUUGUGGAUGUCUAGAUGGUGCAGCCGUAACCAUUUUCUACUGGUCAAAUCUAUCUCGUCUACAUGGUCAUAUUGACAAAUGUUUUUUGUUUUUUUUGGCAUAGCUUUGAGAAUAAGUUGUGAUUUGAAGGACCUAUCAUAAAUAUAUUUUAUACUUGAACAGAGGGGGGGAAAAUGCCUUGUUUAUGAAGUGUCUAUGUUGAGUUAACAGAAUGUACCCUAUGCUGCAGUGAUGGUCAACUCAGGAUAGAAUCUGAAACCAGCAUUUUAUUUUUAGCUUGUGUAAAAAAAGACUAUUGUAUUAAGAUGUGCCAAAUGAAGCAGAACAUGUAAAUAAUUGGAGUUACUAAUGAUGGACGCAUUACCCGAAAGACCUUAAUUCCACUGUGAUCCAGAUGCAUUUAUUGUUGGAUAUGAUUAACAAUACAAAACCAAACCAAUGGACUUUCAUUUUAACUUUAAUAUAAUAAAGAUGGACUGUUUGUAAUUUCUU